CGCCACACUUCAUUGUCAUUCAGCAGCGUUGUGUUUUCUAUCUGCAUGUGGCCUCUGGCAGGGACGAGGCAGGAUUGUGCUCGUCAGUUGCGUAUACAAACCUGUCUUUGAUACUGUUGUGACAUUGCAACCAGACAGCUGAGACUCAUCCUAAUACGUGCACAACUUCACUAAGCCUAACGCUACACCCUCCUCAGCCCCCACCCCUGCGCUAUGAGCAGAGGUAGAGGAGGGAAUUACAAAGAUAGCCAGCGAUUCUCCCUCCCUUUUAGAAAGGGACAGCCUCAGUAUUAUUCUUCUACAACCGCUGGUCAACCACGGGGCCCUCGUGUCCCAAGCCCCAGCUCUUCAUCUGGCAGCUCUCCACAUCCUUCCUUUUACUCCUCCUACUCAAGUGGUCCUGGUGUACCUCCACGUGAUCAUCGUUUUCCCCCUCAUCACUCUGAUCCAUCCCUGUGGGCAUCCCCCCAGCACGGCAGUGAUCAGAUCUCUGACUCAAAUGGUGUAAGCUUCCGACAAAACCAGGUGCAGUUCCUCAGGGGGCAGAGUGCACAGGCUCCUCAGUUCAAAGCACCCCAACAGCGAGGCUCCCAAAGCUCUAACCAAGAGGAAGAGGUCUCAACUGAGCCUAUUCAGUACCGGGCAGGUUAUCGUGACUUUAAAACAAACAGUUACAAUUUUGGAAGAAGAGACUGCUACGGCAGAGGACAGGAUAACUGGCAGGGGGAGCAGAACUUUGGACCUAAAAGAAGGUCAGGGUGGAAUCACCCUCACCAGAAGGGGCAAUAUUAUUCAAAUCAGCACAAUAAGCACUUCUGGAAUGCACAGGCUAAUGAUUUAUCCUCCGGCAUCCAUAAUCUAAGUUUUGGUGAUCGUGUUAAAAGGUUAGACACCUCUGACAUCUUGUCCUGCAGUAACCCUUCUUCUAAGGUUUCCAGUUCUCCUAGUUCAUUCAGAGAGUCUCUGUAUUUGACCCCUGAGAUCCACCAACAGGUCUGUGCUUUUUUGACGUCACUCAGGCCAGACGAGACUAUUCAGGCAAAGGUCUUGGGCAAAAAGCUUGGUCUCCCCAAGAAGAUUGUUAAUAAGGUUUUGUAUGACCUUUUGAAGUCAAACCAAGUAGUGAAACAAGGAGAGACCCCUCCUCUGUGGAGACUCCGUGUAGAGGAGGGCCGUGAACCUAUCAAAGAGAAAGACCAAGCGCAGUCUUCAAAAGAUUUGGACAAACAGACAGUACAGAGUCCAUUCAUAAACCAGAAAGUUGGUUGGGAUUUCACUAGCACCAGUACUCCCUCUCCAUCAAAGAUUCUCAUUGAGGCUGACAGCGAUACCAGUGACGAAUCAGAGGACUCUGAAGGUGACGAUACCUGUGAAAAGUUGCUUGCGGACCAGGAUAAAAAGACUCUUUCACCUACAGUGCAGUCUGUAACAUUGUCAACAAUGGCUGAUUCUAAAGAUAGCAAAGAGAAGAUCCUACAGUACCUCUAUGAAGCGGGUACGGGAAGUGCACUUGUGAUUGCCAAGAAUCUUGGCCUGCGAAGUGCCAAGCAGGUCAAUCCCACACUCUAUGCCUUGGAGAAACAAGGUGAUGUAAACCGCAACACUGAAGUUAAUCCACCUACCUGGGAGCUAAGUGCACACCGACAGGAAAAGAUGGACCGCCAACGAAAAGCUGCUGCAACAGCAAACCAGGAUGUAAACAGUGCUGCGACUUUAAGCUUGGAAGAUGAAGCGAUUGCAAAUGUAGCUCUGGUCAACUUUGAGCCAAUGGAAGGAGCUGGAAAUCCAUUGGUUGAGAUGUUAGACAAUGACAAUGUUUUUGGUAACACAGAUGUUGAUAUUCCUGGCUUAGAACCGGUAUCCAAAGCAAGUGACCUUUCCUCCUCUACCCAUCACAACUUCCAGCCUAUGCCCAAUCAGUUUUCCUAUUAUCAGGAGACUGCAAGUAAUGGAGGAGAGCAGUCACAGUGGGCAUCUGAUGAUAUUCCAGAGUUCCUGAACACAAUUCGUUCUGAGGUCGCAGUUUCCUUGGCUGCACCCCCUCCGCCGGCCCAAAGCAUGGAGUCCAACAGAUUGCAGAAACUGAAGGAGGCCCGCAGUAAGAACCCAGUUAGCGGGCUGAUGGAGUUUGCACAGCAUCUUGGAUACACUUGUGAAUUCCUACUUUUAGACCAGUCUGGACCCUCACAUGACCCCAGGUUUCGAAUGCAGGUCAUGUUAGAUGGUCGCAGGUUUCCAGCAGCUGAGGGUUCGAACAAAAAAGUGGCAAAAAAAGAUGCUGCUGCCAUCACCCUGAAAAUUCUUUGGAAGGAGUUGGAUGGAGGAGGUGGAGAGGAAGAGGAAGAACCAAACAUUGAGGGAGCUGGGUCAACCACCGAUCUGGCGGAUGAUAUGGGUGGCACGGAUACUCCACCUCAGGCUCUCUCUCGGUCACUACCUGGAGGAAAGAAUCCUGUUUCUGUUCUGAUGGAGCACAGUCAGCGCAGUGGGCACCCCAUUCAGUUUAAAACAGGGCAGGAAGGGCCCUCUCAUGAUCCACGGUUUAUGUUCCGCGUGAAGGUUGGGGAGCGUCUCUUCCAAGAAGCGUCAGCACCUAGUAAGAAAGCAGCGAGGCAGCUGGCAGCAGAGGAGGCUGUGAAAGCUAUGGGAGACGGACUACUGCAUCUUAACAAGCCACCAUCCUCCAAGUAGUUCUGUCCUAUGGGUGACAGUGAGUCGCAGCCAGUGUUUCCGGCAUGCCCCUCUCUGCCCCCCUUGACUGCAGCUGAGCUCCAGGCAGCCCAUGAGGCAGGAGUGGGUGACCUCAUCAACCACCUGAAUAACAACGCAGUGUCCGGUCUGCUUGAGUACGCCCGUGCUCGAGGCUUCGCUGCUGAGAUCCGCCUGGUGGGCCAGUCUGGACCCUCACACGAGCCCAAGUUUACGUACCAGGCUAAAUUGGGUGGGCGGUGGUUUCCUGCAGUGUGUGCCAGUAAUAAGAAGCAGGGCAAGCAGGAGGCAGCGGACGCUGCUCUCAGAGUGCUCAUCGGAGAGGCCGAGAAAGCAGCACGUACUGGAGAGCUCAUGCCAGAGUUGCCAGUAUCAGGUACAAUUCAUGAUCAGAUCGCCAUGCUAAGCCACCAGCGCUUCAAUGCCCUCACUGCACGCAUUCAACACAGCCCUGGUAGAAAAAUUCUUGCAACUAUUGUGAUGCGCAAUGGAACGGACAGUCUUGGAAAGGUUGUCAGCCUCGGGACAGGAAACCGCUGUGUUAAAGGAGAGGAGCUCAGUCUUCGCGGGGACACUGUAAAUGACUGCCAUGCAGAAAUCUCAAGAAGAGGCUUUAUCAGGUUUUUGUACAGUGAGCUGGGAAAGCACUGGGAAAGUCCUGGCGAUGAGAUUUUUGAGCUGGCAGGCGAUGGUAAGCUGAAGAUCAAAUCUGACAUCACCUUUCAUCUCUACAUUAGCACUGCUCCAUGUGGCGACAGUGCUCUCUUUGAUAAAUCGUGCAGCGAAGCGGCUGAACUCAAUGGCUCUGGACACAUGCCUCUUUUUGAGAACAUCAAACAGGAACUCAGGACCAAAGUGGAGAACGGUGAGGGUGCGAUCCCAGUGGAGUCCAGUGAUAUUGUGCCCACCUGGGAUGGCAUUCAGCAUGGCGAGCGCCUGAGGACCAUGAGCUGCAGUGAUAAGAUCCUGCGCUGGAACGUGCUCGGCCUGCAGGGGGCGCUGCUUACCCACUUCAUCCACCCCAUUUAUUUGCACUCCAUCACUCUUGGGUAUCUCUACAGCCACGGUCACCUGACUCGAGCCGUGUGCUGCCGAUUGUCCAGAGAUGGGGAUGCAUUUAAAAGCAGUUUACCGGCGAACUUUACUCUCAACCACCCUGAGGUGGGAAGGGUGAGUGUGUACGACUCGACACGCCACACAAGUAAGACCAAAGAGUCCAGCGUCAACUGGAGCCAACCGGACCAGUACAGCGUGGAGGUUCUGGAUGGCACCAAGGGCAAACUAGACAGUCCCAAGAUGGAGGUAUCUCGGGUUUCCAAGUCCAAUCUGUUCCGUCUCUUCCACGCUUUGUGCCAGCGAGCAGGCCGAGCCGAUCUGCUGGCGCUGCCGUCUUACGCCCACGCUAAGGCCGCCACAUCAUUCCAGGAAGCCAAGAGGCUGUUCUUCCUGGCACUGAGCCAACAUGGAUACGGUGCCUGGAUUGGGAAGCCCUUGGAGGAGAAAAGUUUCGAAGGAGAAGCCAAAAGCUCUGAGCCGAUGGGAGGAAGCGGAGACGUUCAGGCUUCAGGUUGCGUUGUUGACCCCAAUAGCUUCUUGAGCUCAGACAACAACAACUUUCUCUCGGCGGCGCAGGGAUUUUAGGGCUAGAGGGGGAGAUGAAGUCAGCAAAUGAGUGGAAGAGGCAGGAUUUGAGAAGGUUAGUUGUAGAGAUGGAGGAAUGGGGUGAAUCUGUGACUUUGGGAUUUGAACUUUAACAAUGUGAUAAAGCAGAAAGAAGUAAGGCAGAGCUUUAAACCCAUGGCGAAUUGGACUUGAUAAGACAUGAGAAGUAGAGUUAUGCCUUUUUUUGUUUUAGAAAGCUGUAAGCAUUUGUUUUAGGAGAGUUCGUCUUUUAUUUCCUCUAUGUUUGACAGCACCGAUACUGUGUUAGUGACUGGGUGGCCACAUAGGCAAGGGAUUAGGAUCAUCACUUAAGGUAUAUUUCACUCAAUAAAGAGCAUUGUAAUGCC